AAAUUUAAAAAAUCUUCUUUUAUUCCCAAUCCCUGAAAUUUUCAGUCCCUCUCCCUGUAAAAAUUGGCCAUGAGAAGAGGUAAGCGCCGUAUCGGGGAGUCCUGGAAUGUUAAACGACUUCACGAUCAUUCCCAACAUCAACAAAAACAACAACAAGAAGAAGAAUCUAAUCUUGAAUCACCAUCUGUAACAUCAGCUUCUUCACAACAACAGUAUAUCAAGAAAUCCGAGCACAAACCCUCAAAUUCUCAAGUAGUUUCUUUGAAUUCUCCCAAAUCUGACCCACCCUCUUCAAGUACUGAAGUGGGUGCUUCUAGUUUUGCUGAGACAGUGAAUGAAAAUAUGGAAAAACACCUUCAUGAAACAAAGAAAGAGGAGAUUGAAGAGAAAAAUGAAGAGAGUGAACCGGACAAUGGAAAUGGGGUUGAUGGCGUUGUGACUAGAUUGGAAGAAUUCUUUUUGGGUGUGGAGGAGCCAGAAUUAUCUGAGGAGCAGCUAAGGAUCAAUGAUCAGCUACAGGAGGAUGAGUUGCUUGCUAUGGAGUCGAUUUAUGGAGACAAUACCUUCAUUCUUGAGAGACAGAGAGGUCUAAGAUCUUUUCAGAUUCAUAUUCACAUUGAAGUUCCUGCUGGAUUUACUGUAACUGCAAAGCUAUAUUCACUUGGUGAUUGUAAUGGGAAAAGUGGUGGUUCUGAUGAGUUUUCUUACUCAUUCGAAGUUCAAUAUCUUCCACCAAUAGUGUUGACCUGCCUAUUACCUAAAUCAUACCCAAGCCACCUACCUCCUUAUUUUACCAUCUCGGUUCAGUGGUUGGAUUCUACUAGUAUUUCCCAUCUCUGCUCAAUGUUGGACUCAAUAUGGACGGAACAACCAGGGCUGGAGGUUAUAUAUCAAUGGGCUGAUUGGCUACAGAAUUAUUCCCUUUCUUUUCUUGGUAUUGAUAAAGAUAUCAUUCUUGGACCUUGUGUCACUAAACAUAAAAAAGACAGGCGUGCGAUUUCGGGAAGUGUAUCCCUGGAGGUUGAUGUUCCUUCACUGAGAAGUUACAAUGCUGAGCAAUGCCAUGAGAACUUCUGCAAAAACUUGCAUGAAUGUUGUAUCUGUUGUGAUGAGUAUGCAGGCAGCGAUUUCAUCAGGCUACCAUGCCAGCAUUUCUUCUGCCCAAAAUGCAUGAAGAGGUAUUCUGACAUUCAUGUUGCAGAAGGUACUGUGAACAAGCUUCAAUGUCCAGAUGCAAAGUGUGGGGUUAUGGUGCCGCCUGGUUUAUUGAAACGGUUACUCGGUGAUGAAGAAUAUGAACGAUGGGAGUCCUUGAUGUUGCAGAAAACACUGGAGUCCAUGUCUGAUGUUUCCUAUUGCCCAAGAUGUGAAACACCCUGCAUAGAAGAUGAAGAACAGCAUGCACAAUGCUCGAAGUGCUUAUAUAGCUUUUGCACACUUUGCAGGGAGAGACGCCAUUUAGGCGAAGUUUGUAUGACACCAGAAAUGAAGCUUCAAGUCUUGGAGGAACGUCAAAACUCAUCUCACCUCAAAGAUGGACAAAAGCAUAAAGAGCGCGAGAUGAUAAAUGAACUUCUUAGUGUCAAGGAAAUACUUCGUGAUGCUAAGCAAUGCCCAUCUUGUAAGAUGGCAAUCUCAAGAACUGAAGGUUGUAACAAGAUGGUGUGCAAAAACUGUGGGCAGUUCUUCUGCUAUCUUUGUAACAAAGGGAUUGAUGGAUAUGACCAUUUUAAGGAUGGACAGUGUGAACUCUUCCCACAAGAAGAGAUUCAACAAUGGGAGGAGAGGAUGAAUCCCCGCCGGGUUGUGGCUGAGGUUCAUGCUGAACUUUUUCCGGAUCAUGUUAAUACAUGUCCCAAUUGUGGUCAAUUCAAUGUGAAGGUUGGCAAUAAUAACCACAUUCUUUGCUGGUCAUGCCAAAUGCACUAUUGCUACUUGUGCAGAAAGAUUGUGAGGCGCGGUACUCAGCAUUUUGGACCAAAAGGUUGCAAGCAGCACACAGUGGGAUAGCUGUCAGUACAGCUCUAAACCAGCCCAGUUGAAAAAGAAUAUUAGAGAUUCAGUAACAAUAGCAGAGAGGAUUUGGUUAUAUUCCUGUGGAUUGCGAUGGUAUGUAAUUAGGAUCCCCCCCCCCCUAGUUAGAGCUACCAGGUUGAACAAUGAUGUCAGUUUUAAAUGCUGGUUUCACGUCCGAGAGAUUUCGGGCAGGCAAAGCCCUCCCAAAUUUGUGUUUUCUGAGUACAUUUUUGUUUUCGCUGUGGUUGGUUGUUACAUCAUUCAGUUUCCUGCA